UUUGUUUCGUCCGCGGCCCGGUGAAGUGCAUCGACCGGUUGCCUCACGAUCAAAAACCCGCAAGCGAAAGUCACCCCUUCUUGUUCGAAGAGGCUGUCGAUUCGCCGCCCACUUGUCGCAUUCCCCCCCCCGUCGAGUCAACCCCCCUUCUUGGCUCGCAGCCAGCCUUUCAGCUUCCAAGCCUUCAUAGGGCUGCCGCCGCCGAUUUCACUGUCUUACAUAAGGAGUCCAACAACAUACGGAUACGGCAUCUACUCAUCUUACCUGAUAUUAGUCGCUCAAUCUGCUUCUUUUUCAAACCGAUUCUUCGUUGCGCCGGAUGCCCGCGCCACCCCCGGACAUACUACCUCGAAACUUGUGGAUGGAAUGAAUUACUACCAAGAUUAUUGUUGCCCAUGAUCCCUUUGCUACUGCCGAUUUCACCUCCUCAUCUAGGACAAGCUACUGCGACAUUUCCAUCGUUGGAGUCAGCCGAAGCAAGAAGAAUCAGCUCGAGAAAAGGACUCGGUGAGGAGGGAAAACCGCGCAACGUCAACGGCCAGGGUCUCCUUACCUCCCCAAGGCCCAAGCAAAGUCCACACCAUCGUCAAUGAAAAGCAGGCUUCUCGGACAACCAAGGACGGGAAAUGGAAAAGAGAAAAGGGAAAGCAAGGGAAAAGGAAGAGAGGGGGAGAGGGAGGCGGGAGGAGAGAUAACCUUGGGCACGCAGCCCCGAGCCCAGUCCAAUCCAAACCAGCCCAGUAUGAGAUGUAGCUCCCUACACCACCGCCUGGACCUGGCCUUGAUUUUUAUUCUUUCGAGUCCUUCUGGCGGUGUCUUGAUGGUAUCGUUGGUGUACUAUCUACUGAACAAACAAGUCCCACCCAACUGGGCUGCAAUUCGGAGGGUGCCCGUCCCGUUCUUCCUUCCCUCGUCCCCUGCUUUCUCACUCGGACGAUGCUCACGACACACAGAAAACUUCGGCAGCGCUUAACCUGAAGCUUUGAUAGCGGGAUCACGGCACUGGCCCACUCCUUCUCAUUGGACAAUUCAUCGUUAACCCGCCUGUCUCCUCCAGCUGCGCCCCCGCCGCCCGCCCGCUCUUUCUCUCUGGGACGGAGUCCUCUCUGCUUCCUCCUCCUUCCCGAGUUCCCCCAUCCUAUCCCGUCUGCUUCACUCUUAUUGUUCCCUCCAUCUCUCGGCGCUACUAUUCCGUUUAUCCCUCCCCCCUUCAGUGAGGUGCCAGCCGGUAAGUUGUGUUUACCUCUAGGUACCUUGCCCACCUUACCUUAGUCUCCCGACUCCCGUGUCCCGCCCCAUUCCUGCCAGUCCCGUCCUGUGUAGCCGCGCCCCGUUUAGUCCACCGUCACCCGUACAAAUCCCAAAACAAACCCCGAUUCCAACCCUUCUCAACCUCGUCUCCCCCCCCCCGUCAUUCUUGGCUUUGCCGCCUUGUUCGUCCCCCUCUCGAUCAAUAAUUCUCUCGCACAUCUUUCCGUCGAAGCUUGCUCUAUUCAAGCUCCAGCUCCUGCCCGUUACUGCUACCUGAGGCAUUCCUUGCUGGGCCCUUACCAGUCGCCACCACCACCAUCUCAUAAGGUGCUGCUUCGCCAUGAACUAACCAACUCUCAAAUUCCAGAAUCCCCCUUGUUACACUCCGAGGCUCUUCAGCCUUCACGUCUCACACACGCUCCGGUGACCAACUACUUCACGUUAUCAUCUUUCUUGACGGGGGAGAAAGGGGGCCGCAACCAGAAAGAAUCCAGCUCGCUCUCGUGGGAUCAUCCAUCUUGGCCCCGGUGACAUUCUCGCCAUGGCGCAUGCCCAGGAUUCCCAAGAGCCCCAUAAACGGAAACGGGACGCAGACGACAGCGGCGCGCAGCCUGCUCAUUCUGAUCGCAUUCCCCAGCCUCCUCCGCCUCAGUCAGGCAAUGCAUCCAUCAUCAACUACCUCUCCAAAGCCAGCGCUUGCAGGCUCAAGCUGAUACAAGGAGAACCUGAAACAUUCUCUGACGUGCUUGGCCUUUUGAAUCAAUAUGAAGGAGUUCUCAACAGACACGAGAGUCUCGCAGCCAACUUGGGCGCCAAGCUGACGGGUCCUCGUCUGCUAAAGGCGAUGGAAGGAGCCUUUGAGGGCCCAAUCAUCACCAACCCACCGCCUGCCUAUGGCACAGCGCCUGUGGGCUGGCUGGACAUAGUCACAUUCGCCAAGACGAACCCCGACAAGUUUGUCCUGACGACGGGCCAUGACGGUGAACGCACCUGCCAGUUCUACCUCAAUGGGUUGCAAGUCCAGAUUCUGGAAGAUGACUGGCGCCUAAUCAUGAACGGCGCGUUGGACAGGUUUUCCAGCGUGUCGACGGCCCCUUUGGAAGAAGACGAGACGGCAGAAGUGGCGACGCUCGAGAUCGUGGAGCAGCGACUGCAGGUUCUCAUCAAGAAGGCCGAUGAAAUUGCCAAGAGGGCGCGUCAGCUGAACUAUCACUUGAGCGGCCGGAGGGCCGGCAUCAACUCACGCCAUGGCGGCCAGCAGGGGAGCAGCUCCGCAUUUCAGUCUGUCAACCAUGCCAGAGGGCAUCUUCCUCACGGCUCUGGCUAUGACCUACACGCCGACCUGCUUCAGCAGUUUCUGUCGUCUUCCCAGGCUUACCCUCCUCGAGUUCCGUCCAGCGCUGGGCUCGAGACAGCACACUCGACUGGCCAACACACGCCACCUGCAACAAAUCCUCAUCCGCACUCACUUCCCUUGCAAGGCCGCCCAGCUGUUAUGCAUACCCCUGUUGUGCCGCAGCGAGACUUGUCAUAUGACCCGUCAUCGGCGCACAGAGGUAUCAUCACGGCAAGAAUAGAAAAACUGAACAAGGGCGACCAAAUCUGGCCACCAUGCGACCGCUGUCGCAGACUCAAGUCUCCAUGCAUCAAACAUCUCACGGCCUGUCAGGGCUGCACCAAGAAACAUGCAAAGUGUGGAUGGAAAACCAUUACCGAGGAAGAAAUUGCCUGGCUCAAUCGCGAGGCGAGUAGCAGUGCCGACGAAGCACACGCCGAACAGAGCCCGGUGCACCAAGCACAGGUGAGGUUGCUGCGAUAUGACCCAACACAAGACGACGGUCGGUCCAAUGAGGCGCCGCCGGCCUCUAAGAAUCUUAUGCCAGGAGGAGAUGCAUCUCGGCCAGCCAGUAGAGGGCAGCAAGACCACCACCAACGAUCGCCUUUAGACCAGGGGUCUCGCAGCAGAACAAGCAGCUUCAUGGACGUGGAGCAUGAGCCUCCGCCCCCGAACCAGAAGGCAUGGAUGCUAGAGCCGCAGCGUGGAGAACAGCUCCCCAGUAUCAAGAGAGACUUGUUGCUCAGUCACAUGGCGUCAGCGGCAACAGCUGCUGCUGAUGCCCGCGAUGCCAACUCAACGACAUCUGCGAGCAGCAUGGCUGGACGAUAGCCAAACAUGAAUUGGGUGGAGGACGAAUGUGGUAAAUUACAGUUUGGACCGCCUUAUCAACACAUAGUCUCAGAAGCGAGGGACCAACGGAAAGGCUUCGAGAGAGCGUAUCGAGUGCGUAUGUGAUGUAUAUAGUGUGCGUAUGUGCGAAAUAAUGUGUGUGUGUGCGCGUUGCGAGGUGGGACUGAGCCAAAUAAGAAAAAUCGCAUAAUGAUGGUUACGCAAC